AUGAUGUACAUGGCAGCCCUAAUAAGUAACCUGAUCAUCAUCACUCUUAUCACUCUUGACCUGCAGCUACAAACUCCUAUGUACUUCUUCCUGAAGAAUUUGUCCCUGAUGGAUGUCUUCUUUGUGUCAGUGAUCAUCCCAAAUUUAAUUGUUAAUAGUCUAACACACAAUAAUUUCAUUUCCAUUCUUGGUUGUGCAGUUCAGGUACUUUUAUUGAGUUCCUUCACAGGAGGGGAUGUAUUUAUCCUAACUGUCAUGUCUUAUGACCGCUAUGUUGCCAUUUGCAGUCCCCUGCACUAUGACGCCAUCAUGAAUGAUAGUGUCUGUGUGCUGGUGGUGAGUAUUUCUUGGGGUACUGGAGUACUCUUUGGAGCCAUAUAUACAGUUGGAACAUUUUCCAUGUCUUUCUGUGGCUCCAACGUGAUCCCACAGUUUUUCUGUGAUGUUCCCUCAUUGCUAAGCAUUUCAUGCUCCAAAAUGGUUUUGGCCAUUUAUACAAGCAUUGGAAUAGGUGUAUUUCUAGGCAUGUUUUGCUUUAUCUGUGUUGUGGUAUCUUAUUUUUACAUUUUCUCCACUGUGCUUAAGAUUCCUACCACUAAAGGGCUGUCCAAAGCAUUUACUACUUGUAUCCUACACCUUACUGUUUUCACUAUGUUUAUUGCUACUGCUUGCUUUAUAUUUCUGAAAGCUCCCUCAGAAGAACCUUCAAUCACAGACAGGCUUUUUCCUGUGAUCUACACUGUGUUAUCUCCAGCAAUAAAUCUUUUGAUCUAG